AGAGUGGUUCGAUGUUUUUCACAGCCCCUGCAGAUGAAUACGGAGACAUACCCUUUCGGGCAGACUUUUUCAAAACUCGCCACCCCCUUGCUGAGUUGGUCGCAGUCAUUGUUUCGCUAGCAUUAACCACAUUCCAGAGAGGCGCAGCGCACCCCGUCUGCUUCCUCGCAUUCCUUCAACAGAAACGAGUCCCGUGCGCUUAAUUUAAUACGGAGAUGUUUUGCCUCAGUUUGCCUGACCAUCUGUUGAAUUGCCUGGGGAUUCUUAGCAAAAGGUAUUUAGAGUGACUUUGGAUUUUUUCCACUGGAAUAUUUGGCGAAACAAGUAAAAUCAACGAAAGAAAAUUCCUCCGCGGAGCGCGCCAUUGACUGUAAAGACCUUUCAACUUAACAAAAACUGAAAUUGACAAACGUCUCCUGUUGUUCAAACUUUGUUUAACGAGUGUAUCGCCGUAUCUUCGAAGGCAGGGGACAUGCAUUCUAAAGAAAUUGCAGGAAAGACGCGCAGUUUUUGUGAAACGGCGGUAAUGGCUACACUGAGCCAGCGUUUUGUUGUGAUUUCCAUGUGAAAUGCAUUUUCUGCCAUCUCUUACUCGGUAGUUGGCUGGCCGACCGCUCGCUCCGUCUAUGAACUUGUUCCUCCUCUCAAAGGCAAACCAUGGAGCACUAUGAGGAUGAUUUGGGACACCGAGCCAGCAAAUUAAUUGAGGAUCUAACACUCUACGAACCAUAUCAAGAUGGGAUAUUUACUUCAAGAGAGGGCAUGGCAAUCAAUGCUGAUUUGGAUUUUCCUACUUCAGUGAUAACAGAACAGAAAAGUAAGCGAAUGAAUGGUAGCUCGCUGCCUCACCAACAGCUACACUCUGUGGAAAAUUACAUGUCAGGGAAUAAAGUGUAUAGUGCGGCUCCCGUGCGCUCUGUGAACGGUAACCGAAACGUGCCUUUGGAUUUUUGUACCCCACAAAGAGAUGCUGGUUAUAUUGAAGAUGGCUAUUGCACCAAAUCAGAAGUUGCGCUGCCGUGCUACAGCGGAGGAGCGUCAGAGCGACAUAGGAGAUUCUCAAUGGAGGUGCAAGCCCACAGGUACAGCACUGGCUGCACGUACGAUGGGGUCGUGCUGAACAAACAAGUACCGUUGUCGGGUAGUCGAAGCAAUAGUGUCUGUGUUGGUACCAACCACGACGGCAGGUACACUGCCACUAGCCCACGGUCCAGUCUAGCCUCGUCUCUGUCCUCGCAAGAGCAAAGUAAACAUUCGAGCCCCAGGUCCAGCGUCAGCAGCCCUCGGACAAGUUUAGUGGUACCUGGCCAGGACAAGUAUACGAGCCCCCGAUCAAGUUUGGUGCACUGUGAUGGGUCUAGUGCCCUUAGCCCCCGGUCUAGCUAUGCAAGCACAGCCAGCGACACGAGUAAACAUUCCAGCCCAAGGGCCAGUCUCAACAGCUACGACUGUGGUAGCAAACCAAGUAGCAACCGGACAAGUGGCAUCAGUAUGGGCUAUGACCAGAGACACAUCAGCCCACGGUCGAGCACGGCGAGCCAGUACAGCACCACCAGUCCACGGUCCAGUUAUUCUGACUCUAGAUACAUGCCACCAACUAACCACGACUUGGAGUCAGCGGUGGUGCACGGGGUGCCAGUGGCUAGCCCCCGCUCCAGCAUCUGUAGCCAGGACGGGAACCCAAGACCUGGCGUAGCGACCAGCGUCGUGAGUCCUCGCUCCAGCAUCUCCAGUCACAGUUCUAGAAGUUCCCGCAGCUCACGGGGUUCCAUGAGCACGUACCCUGAGCUCCAGCUUCCCUCGCCGAGGUCUUCAAUGCUCGGACCUGGUUUACCUGAGGACGCACUGAUCGAGGACUUUGGCGACACAAAUGGCCUUCAAAACCGAGUACAUCUUCAGACAUUCCCAGUUAUCCCUGAGCCCCAACAAUCCCAACAACAGACGACGCAACUUGGAAUUAAUACGGACGUGAGCACUGGCCAACCAUCUUUUAAUUACAGCGUAGUAUCUAAAAAUCAGGCGCCGGGGCAGAGGUUUAAGUUGCCGUACCAGGUGACUCCAUGUCGGGACAGUGGGCCAAGUCAAGCCGAGAGGCGACUGGAGGCGCUCACCUUGGAGCUGGAGAAGGAGUUGGAGAUGCACAUGAAGAAAGAAUAUUUUGGUAUCUGCAUCAAGUGUGGGAAGGGCGUGUACGGUGCGAGCCAAGCGUGCCAGGCCAUGGGGAACCUCUACCACACCAACUGCUUCACCUGCUGCUCUUGUGGGAGGAGGCUGAGGGGCAAGGCCUUCUACAACGUGAACGGGAAGGUGUACUGUGAGGAAGACUUUUUGUACUCCGGCUUCCAACAGACGGCCGAGAAAUGCUUUGUGUGUGGUCACCUCAUCAUGGAAAUGAUCUUGCAAGCGCUGGGCAAGUCCUACCACCCUGGAUGUUUCCGCUGCGUGGUGUGCAAAGAGGGGCUGGAUGGAGUACCUUUCACAGUGGACGUGGAGAACAACAUCUACUGCGUCAAGGAUUACCACACGGUUUUUGCACCAAAAUGUGCCUCCUGUAACCAGCCCAUCCUUCCUGCUGAGGGUUCGGAAGAAACGAUCCGUGUUGUGUCGAUGGACAAAGACUACCAUGUGGAGUGCUAUCACUGUGAGGACUGCGGCCUGCAGCUGAAUGACGAGGAGGGCCACCGCUGCUACCCGCUGGAGAGCCAUCUGCUGUGCCACGGCUGUCACCUGCACCGCCUCAAGUCGCCCGCCACUGCCCCCACCCCAGUGCCCGCCACCCACGCCCACGCGCCACCCAGCUACCCCCUGCACGUCACCGAACUGUGAGGGCGCACCCACGUCACCCGGCCCGAACACGCCGGAGCGAGGGAGAGGGAGGUUGAGGGAGAAGAAGAAGAAGAAGGGAGACAUGAUGAAGAGAUGUCAAGCACUGGAGAGGAGGAACGGUCAACAAACUCCAUUUAGCCAGCUGUGUCUCUCCUUUCAAUUUUGUGGAGAGAAUGCAUGGGAGAGAGACACAAAAGUCCUCAUUUCAACACGUGUUUCAUACAUAUUCUAAACAUAUGUAUACUCGAUAACGUGCACACACAUAAGUCUCCCUCCAGCUGAAGAGCAUUAAACAAUAUGCCUCUCUCACCACCCAAGCAGACAUUGGCAGCCAACCAACACUGAACUGUACCUACCUUUCACGGAACGCCACGACCUUACGCAUCACUUCCCCUGUCACACCAGCAAGGGGCCCUGGGGCCAGAUGGAGUCUCAGAACAUCCUCUCCUCUCCUCUCCUCUCCUCUCCUCUCCUCUCCUGUCCUCUCCUCUCCUCUCCUCUCCUCUCCUCUCCUCUCCUCUCCUCUCCUCUCCUCUCCUCUCCUCUCCUCUCCUCUCCUCUCCUGCCCUCUCCUCUCCUCUCCUCCCCUCCUCCACUCUCCUAUCCUGCCCUAUCCUCUCCUCCUCUCCUC